AUGGCGGCCGACGAUGCAUCCGCACCCGUGGACACGACAGCCCACAAGACGCCACGGCGAGAUGACGGGCAUGGCCGGGACCCCGACCCCGACCACGACCACGACCACGAACCCGGUCUCCCGGCGUCCCUCGUGGCAGAGGCCAAGUGUGGCGCCGUCGCGGAGCAAUCCAUGUCCCUGGGCACGUCCCUGGCGCUCUACCCCAAGGCCGUGCUCUGGUCGGUCCUCCUGUCGUCGACCCUCGUCAUGGAGGGCUACGACCUCGCGCUGCUGGGGAACCUGUACGCCUCGCAGCCAUUCAACCGCAAGUACGGCACGUACAACGCGUCGACGGGGAAAUACGCCGUCAGCGCGGCGUGGCAGUCGGGGCUGUCCAACGGCGCCCGGGCGGGCGAAAUUGUCGGCCUGAUGCUGGCAGGGUGGACGGUCGACCGAUGGGGCUACAAGCGGAGCAUGCUCCUGUUCCUCGUGUUGAUGAUUGCAUUCGUCUUUGUCCUGGUGUUUGCGCCCAACGUCGCGGUCCUGGUGGCGGGCGAGGUGCUGUGCGGCAUUCCUUGGGGCGCAUUCCAAAGCAUCACACCGGCGUACGCGGCCGAGGUGGCGCCCGUCGUGCUGCGGCCGUACCUGACGACGUUUAUCAACAUGUGCUGGGUCAUCGGGCAGUUCUUCGCCGAGGCCGUCAACAAGGGAUCCCACGGGCGCGGGGACUCGUGGGCGUACCGGAUUCCCUUUGCCGUGCAGUGGGUGUGGCCGGUUCCCAUUCUCGCCGGCGUCUUGUUUGCUCCCGAAUCGCCGUGGUGGCACAUGCGCAAAAACGACCGGCCGGCGGCGGCGGCGGCCCUCGCGCGGCUCGCGUCCCGGUCGCACGCGGGCUUCAACCCGUCGGCGACGCUCGCGCUCAUCGAGCACACCAACGAGCGGGAGCGGCGGCUCAAGGAGGGCGUCACGUACGCCGACUGCUUCCGGGGCGUGGACCUGCGGCGGACCGAGGUGGUGGUCGGGAUCUGGCUGGUGCAGACGCUCGGCGGCCAAAACCUCAUGGGCUACUUCGCCUACUUCCUCACGCAGGCGGGCAUGGACGCCAGCAGCAGCUUCUCGCUCUCGCUGGGCCAGUACGCGCUGGGCAUGGUGGGCACGGCCGGGUCGUGGGUGCUCAUGAGCCGCGUCGGCCGGCGCAGCAUCUACGUCGGCGGCCUGAGCUGCCAGUGCCUGCUGCUGCUCGUCGUCGGCGCGCUGUCGGUGUCGGCGGCGGGCAGCAACGCGUCGGUGUGGGCGAUCGGCGCGACCCUCAUCGCCUUCACGUUUGUCUACGACUUCGGCGUCGGGCCCGUGACGUACGCGCUCGUGUCGGAGCUGUCGAGCACGCGGCUCAAGACCAAGACGAUUGUGCUGGCGCGGGCCGCCUACAACGCCAGCAACAUCUUUGUCAACGUCAUGACCAACUACCAGCUGGGCACGGCAGCGUGGAACUGGGGCGCCAGGGCGGCCUUUUUCUGGGCAGGCACUUGUCUUGCCUCGCUGGUCUGGGCCUGGUUCAGGCUGCCCGAGCCCCGGGGCCGGACGUACGCCGAGCUGGACGACCUGUUUGAACGGGGCGUGCCGGCGAGGCGUUUUGCCAGCACGCAGGCCGAUCCGUAUACGGGCGGCGGCGGCGGCGGCGGCGGCGGCGGGAAGCACCAUGAUCAUGGCCAUGCGUAG